CACGUGGGACAAGCGGGCUAAGGGGGAUUGUGUUGUUGCUAGGACACAUGGCGAGGUAAACAGAGAGGUGUCCAACUCUGCCAAGUAGGCUACUCAGGAUAAAUGUGUAAAGAUGCACUAGACUUCGUUGUUCUAAGCAAUUGUGAAAACCCAACUUCAUGUCCCAAUCAUUAAGUUGAUUCGCCGUUUUCAGUGGGAAGAUAGAGCUGGCAAAAUGAAAUUGGAUGGAAAAAUAAAGGUACCCCACCCCUUGAAACCCCGAGUGUUAUUAUGGGCUGACGUCAGCUACAAUGAUAUGGACGAAAUUGACAACAUUAAGUCCAUCCCAGAACUUGAGAGAACUUUAUGCCGUGUCCUGGCUGUGGACUUCUCUGAGCCAAGGAAAGGGGUUCUGCUGGAGCUGUUUGUGCACACAGUGCUGUUCUGCAGGGAGAACAAGUUCAACAGGGAGCAAACAUCUGCUCUGAUCUCCAUCGUCAAGAACAUGCAUCAGGCUAACACAGAAACACCGCUCAACAACGUGGACCACUGUUUUGCAUACUGCAGUGAACUUCUGCUAUGUCACUCGGUCAGGGUGUGUAGGCUUAAAUACUCUACCCAAAGAACCUUACCAUUACUACCUCAUUUUACACUUGUAAACUAUUUUUCCUUUUUCUGCUUUCCCCAGCGACCUCCCUUCAGUAUUAACCUCUUCAGCUGUGAUCAAGUCACCCACAUCUUGAAGUACCUCCUCAACUCCUAUAUAAAACACUUUAAUCUCUACAAAUAUAUAUUCACCCCUCAGGUGCGCCUGGACCUGACCUUGUGUUACUCUGGGAUGCCGGAUGUAGAAGACCCCCCCAGCCCUGAAUUAUUAGAUAUGCCAGAUGCAAAACCUGUGACACAACAGAAGCCAGAGACUGAACAAGAGGAGCAGCUGGGCAUGGAAGAGAAAGCAGCUCUGGGAACGUCACCAGAAGAGACUGCAGCAGAGGGUCCAUCCCAUAGGUCAGAGCUCAGAGCCCUCAUCCAGCAGGAGGUCAAGCAGGAGAUGGUGAGAGUGUCUACCCAACUGGAGCAACAGCUGAGGGCCAGUGCAGAUAAGAUGACCAGCACCCUGGCUUCGCUGGAGUCCAGCCUGCAGGGCAAAAAGUAAUAACAGCCAGGCCUCAAACUGCUUCCCCCUCAUACUGCAUUUGUCAAACCAAGAUAUGAAUAAUUUGUGACCGUUGUCAGUGAGGAAGUGGAUUGCGUAAUCAUGCCAACCAUCGUGACAGAAAAACACAACACGACUCAAACACGGAAAGGUUCACAUGCUAUGUAUAAGCAAUGUUACUUUAAUUAUCAUUAUAAACUCUUUUUGUGUAAUAUCAGAUGCAUUACAUCAUGUUUGUACAAUUAUUGUUCAAGACUUAGUGGUAAAAGAAAUGUUUACUCUGAAAAAGGAAAAUUUUGUAGAGAACUUCAAACUACAGGAAUGGAAAGGUAUAACAUUGUUAGUACUAACUGGUGUUACAUGCCACAUCAAGAAGUUAGAAUGUAUCGUGGGCUUAUUGCAUGUUCUGAAAGAGAAUAUAUAACUAAGUAUGUAUGAAUGGAAAUAUGCAUCCCUUAAAUACAAAUAUUGUAUACAUGUAGACAUACAUAUAGAAAGUAUUCUCGAUUCAGGUAAUUAUAAAGGGUUUUAAA